AUGGAAAUAUAAACAUAAACAAGAUCAAAAUUAGUACAUUAUUCUCAUAUUUUUCCAAGAACCAUUAAGAAAAAUCUCCCACAGCUUUAAAAAGCAUUUUGAAGAAUAAUAGAAUCAAUAGUGUUAAGAAAAAUUAAUUAACUCCCAAACGAGGACAAGAGCAGGAUGUUGUUUUGGAAGCAUCAAUUAUUUCUAAGUCAUCAUCUCAAGGCUAUUAGUAUUUAUUUCAUUAAUUAGGGACAUUUACUCAAUCAACUAAAAUGGGUCUCCAAGUCCACAAAUUGAGUAGGUAUUUUCGAGUGAUGGAUUCUAAAAUAUAUGGAAACAGAAAUCAUUGAAUAUUUUAUAUUAUGUCUCAAAGUUUAUUAGGCAGAUUAAAACAAGUGGAAACAAAAUCAAAUUUAAAUUAUUGAACACAAGAAUCUUAGGUUUGGUUAAUGAUGCAGGAAGUGAUCCAAAUGUCUUAUUAGAAUACAGAGAUAUUUUGAAUAAUGUCAAAGUUGCAAAAGAAAAAUGCAACUUUAACUAAAUUUUCAAAAUUUUAUAGCUGAUUCCAAUAAUUGAUCCUGAUUAAACCAUUAAAAUAAUUUGGGAUAUUUUGAUGUUAAUUUCUGUUAUUAUUAAUUUGAUAUACAUUCCUUUGGAACUAAGCUUUGACUUUAAGGCCUCAGAUUAAGUAGUUUUAUAUUUAAACACCAUUCCUUCUUGGCUACUCUUAUUUGAUGUAAUAUUUACUUUAUAAACUGCCUAUUAUCACGAAGGUACUAUCCAUAGGAAUCAAGCAGAAAUAUUAAAAAACUACAUGAAAGGAGGAAAGCUGAUGAUUGAUGUCUUAAUUUUAGUUCCCAUUUUAUUUUAACAAUAUGAGAUUGACAUCCUCAAAUUUGCUUUAUUAUUUCGGAUUGUUAAAUUGCCAAAAAUGGCAAAUAACCUUGAAGAAAUACUGAAUCCAAAAGAGUCCAUCAAAAUGUUGAUUUAAUUGGCCAAACUAAUCUAUUUUAUAAUCAUAACAUGUCAUUUUUGCGCCUGUCUUUGGGGAUUGUUGGGAGAACUGUAAAUUUAACAAAACAGUUACUCCUGGCUUACACAUUAUGGGAUUGAUGGCCAGGUUUGGACAAAGAAAUACAUUUUUUCAAUUUAUUAUUGCACUAUCACAACUUUAACUAUUGGUUAUGGGGAUAUUACACCCCAAACUGAUAUAGAGAAAAUUUAUUCAAUCCUUUUAGCUUUGUUAGUUUGCGGUGUUUUAGGCUAUAGUGUUUCAACAGUGGGUAAUAUCAUCAAAUUGCUCUAGGAUAAAGAUUAACAAUUCAAAUAAAAAUUAUCAAUCUUAACUAAUUAUCUAAAAAGCAGGAACUUAAAUUAAUAAUUAUAAUUGCAAGUUCGUAAGUAUUUCGAGCACUAUUUAAAACUUGAAUAAGAGUCUUAAUUCAAAGCUGAAUUGAUGAUGUAAUAAUUAACACAAGAUUUAAAGGAAAAGGUUGCCAUUGAUUUAUAUUUCAACACUCUAAAAAAUUCAAAAGUCCUAGCGAAUUUAUGUGAAAAUUGUCUAAAAAAAUUAUGUUUAUAUGUUCAUGAAAAAAAACUUGCUCCAGAAGAAAAAAUAUGGUCUCCAGAUGAAAAAGGAACCAAAAUUUACUUUUUGUUAAAAGGUUAAUUAGAUAUUUUGGCUAAUAAUAUUCGUCUUAAAACUUGUGAAUUUGGGGUAUUUGGUGAAAAGGAAUGCCUCACUUAAAGCUAGUACUAAACUUAUUUGAAGGCUGUAAAAUUCUCUCAAUUGAUUUAUCUCAAUAUUGAUGAUAUAAUGAAAAUAUUAUAUGAAGAUUAAAAAGAUUUAGAAAGGUUUAAGAUGCUUCAAGAUAAUCUGAUAUUUAAUGAAAGUUAUAAAAAUUUUGGGUAAGUAUGUGAAAUAUGUGGAUGGACUCACUAAUUAAAUACUUGCCCAUUUGUGUUUGUAAAAGCGAAUAGAAACAAAAUCAUUACCAUAAACAAAAACUCUAAGCCAUAAUAAAGAUUCUAUCAUGAUAGAAAAUAUUACUCUUUUAAAACUAAAUAUUCUCUAAAAGAUGUUUAGGAAUGUGGAUUAGCUUUUAUGAUAAACGAAAAAUUUAUAGAACAAAUAGAUUGUUCUGAUUAGUAUCUUCAAGAAUUAGGUUUUGAUAUUUCGAAGGACGAAGAAGAAUAAGAAGAGAAUUAUUAACAAGGUAGUAAAUAAAAAUAAUUCCAAGACUCAAAAUUUGAAUCAUUUUCAAAGAGCAAUACUUUCACUGACUAUUUUAGAUAGAAUGAUUAAUCAAAUUAUGAACACACCAAUAAAUACACAAAUAAAAAUACUAAUAAGAACACGAAUAAACCAAAAUCAAUUAUCUAGAACAAUAUGUAAAAUAUCAGCGGCUAAUAAUCCAGCUAACAAUCUCAAUUAUAAACCUCUAUUUAAUAAUAAUAACAAACACAAGCAUCACCAUCGGUUGUAAGAUGGGACAGUGAUAACCUCAAACAAAAUAAUCAAAAGAGAUCAACUCUUCUCUUGAGAAAACUAAAUAAAGAAAGGUCAAUAAAAAUCGAAAUGAGGUUGAAUAACAAAUCUAAACCUUCGUAUGUUUCAACUAUAAGGCAGGAAACCUCUAAUAAUAAAUCUAUGUAAAGGUAUGAUAGUGUAAUAAGUGGAAAACAUAGCAAAUCUAUCUAUCAUAACAAUAACACAAACUCUGUUGCUUCUCCUUAUGACGAUAUGCUUAAUAUGUUUCAGGAUGAUUAAUUAAUUAGCGAAGAAAAUAUUGACUUUAAUGUAGACAAAUAGUUUCUAAUGACAGAAUAUUUUCCUGCUUUUAAUUAUGAUGUUGUAAUUAAAAAGUUUGAUCAUAACUUAAUUACUAAGAGAACAAAAAUGUUAGCCACAAUUUCCAGAGGCAAAACCUUAUAGAAAUAUAUUAAAUGA